AUGUUUGCGUACCCGUUGAAUGGACGUCCAACCGCUUUCUUCCGGGGUGACUGGUUUGUCGGCAAGGGAGUUGCCUGCGCAAGAAUACGAAUCGGACCGGGGCCGAAUGAUAUCGCAGCAGUGUUCUGUACACAUCUACAUGCACCGUACGAGAGGGAGCCCCACGAUUCUUACAUCUGCCAUCGCACGGCGCAGGCAUGGGAGAUCGCAAAGCUGAUGCGUGGAGCGGCGGAGAAGGGCCAUCUGGUCAUCGGACUAGGGGAUUUUAAUAUGCUUCCACUGUCGCUCGCUCACCGAAUCAUCACUACCCACGCGCCGGUGCAAGAUGUGUGGCGAUGCCUCCACCCGGAUUCUUCCCUGGGAGCCGCGAUUGACCAGGUCGAAUCCGCGCGAAAGAGACCCGUCCCCUCUGCGGAAUACAACAUUGCCGAGAACGGUAUUACAUGCGAUGGACUACUUAACACCUGGCGCUGGAACAAAGCGCAGCAGCAACGGUUGCGGCGUGAAGGCCACGUCGAAGUCGACCCGCGGCUACCAGACCCGCUGGGGAAAAGGUUAGACUACAUCUUCGUCGGAGACGGAGGGGCGAACUGGCAAUCCCCUUCAUCCUGUCCAUCCCCGCUACCUCCCUCGCCGCUGGCCCACUGGAAAUGGACUGUCGAAUCCGCUCGCGUCAGCAUGACUGAGCGCCAUCCGACCCUGCACUGCUCGCUCAGCGACCAUUUCGCCGUUGAAGCGGUGCUCUCCCGCGACACCUCGGGAGGGGAAACAUCCUCCCAAGAAGAGAGCACGCCGUUCCUCCCCAUCCAGCAGCAAGAGUCCCCUCCGCCCUCGACCCUGAUGACCCCAGCUACACCGCCAAAACCUCCUGCCCAUCCCGCUGCGGAUAUGUACGACGAUAUAUUGAAGAUGAUACACAUGUACGAACUGCGAGAGCGAUUCCAGCGUCGCGCGCGCGUCGGACACUUCCUUGGUUCGCUUGGCGUGUUGCGAAUUGCGGGCGAUGAAGGAGUUUGA